GCUUUGAUGUUGUUGCCUCUCAACCGACGCCGCGUCCAUACAUGUAAAAUUUCUCCCUCGCAAUGUUCAAAACAUCAUCAACAUUUGGAAAACAGACAGGUUUGAAGUCAUCGCCAAAAUACUUGGGAGGUUUGUAAGCUUGUUGUUAUCCGGAAAAGGAAUCAUUCAUCCCGUGUAUGUUUGCAAUCAUUGCAUUACAACAACACUUGACAGUUCUGCACUUUUGACUUUACGUUAGAUCUAACAUAGUUUUGUGUGUGACUGUCAGCAGCCAAAAAUAAUUUACGGUGGAGCAGUUAGGUAGGGUCUAUAAAUCAUCCAGUGCAUCAAAACACAAAAUUUUUCUUAAGUAUAAAACAGAAAAAGUGCUGUACUGUUUGGCAUAAAGCUUAUUUCUGACACACUUGCAUGCUUGAUUAUUGUUGGAGUGUUUUGUGUCUGUGACGGCCAGUGUAUAGUAGACAUGACUGAGGCAGGAAGAAUAAGUGAACCAAUGGGCUCCCAGGGCCCAGAUGUAAUUGAGUGGAGCAGGUCACUCCGAAGUCCCUCACCUCGACAAAAUUUGAGAUCUCGUAGUCCUUCUCCAUCCCGGCUAACCAUGAGCACUCGCUCCCUUACUACAAAGAAAGGUGGUUAUUUGACUGAGGUCCAGCAAUCUCUUCCGACCAUGUCCAGCAAAAAAGCCCAAAAGACCAGCAGCAACCUGAGAAAAAGUACUGGAACUCUGGCUGCCAGUCUAGGGGGAUCAGGAAACUUCAAGACACAGAAAAAUUCAACAAUGGAAAAUAUAGAGGGAGAAUACAUCAAAAACCUACAGCAGCAGAUUUACUUUUUAGAACUGGAGUCCAACUAUUUAAGAGAGCAAGUGAAAAAAGCCACAGAAAUGCAUCCUAAAAUGACCUCAGAGGCCGAGAGAAUGCUAGCCAGGCUCAGGCAAAUGCAGUUGGAGAUUGAUGACCUACAGUUAGAGAUUAAAAGGAGAGAAACCGACAUCACUUUACUGAAAACAGAGAAGGAGAAAAUCAUUGAGAGACUUUCAGAUGAGGAAGCAUCUAGAACUCGGGACAAGAGGAUGUUGAUGGACGAAAUCAUACAACUGAAGAAGGAUAAAGACGUCAUGGAGCGAGAAAUCUCCAAACGAGACACUCAACUGAUGGACGCUAAAUCUGAACUGGACAAGAGUUCCACUGCAAUGAAAAAUGCUGACCUGAAAAUGGAAACUUUGAAAGCUCAACUUGAACAACGAAUCGAAGCCCACAACUAUUCUCAGAUAACUUUGGAUGAGAAGCGCUCAGAGUUGAUGAGUAUGGAGACUCAACUAAGAGAAGUGGAGGACAAGUAUUAUAACCAGACAUUGCAGCUACAAGACAAGGUCGCCAGUGAUCUCAAGGAAGAGAUACAACAAUUGAGACAAAAGUUAAAAGAGACUGAGAUGUCAGCUGACCAAGACCGCUUCCUGAAAGUAAAACUGACAGAAGACAGCACCAAUCUUGCCCGUGAAAAUGCAGCUUUGAACCAGCAGAUGAUUGACUUAAAGAAACAAUUAGACAGGGAGAAAGCUUACAGAGAAGCUACAGAAUCUCGUCAGAACCAGAGCAUCGCUGAAUACGUACAGAUUAAGGAUCGUGAGAAAGAGGGGCGGUUUGAGUUGCAGCACACACAGGAACUACUGAAAAAGGAGCAGGAGAAGUCUAGGAAUUUCAUGGAAAAGAUGACAAAGAAUGAGUCUAUUUCCAUGACUCAUGAGUUGGAGCUGAACACCUGCAGGAGCCGGGUGGCUGAGCUGGAGAAUCUACACAGCAGUGUCGAUAAGGAGAACCUGCAGCUACGCAAAGAUAAAGUGCUUCUGGUGGACCAUGUGUCCGAACUGCAGAGGAAGCUGGAACGAAAGGACCAGGAGAUUGUGUUGCUGAGGUCUCAGAUCCAGACAAUGGAAGGCAAGGUUAAGGACUUGGAUCACCUAAAAACGCUCGAGUCCACUGUCCAGAGCCAGAAGUGGGAGGAGUUUGAAAAGCUGGCCGAGAACAUGAGGACACUAUCCCACUCCAUGGCACACACCUCAGGGUCAAGGGUCAUGCAGUACUGAGGUCAUUAGGUGACAGGGUCUUGGUUAUAAUUACACAAGUAUGAAGUCGAAUGUUUAACAGGAGAGAAUUGAUAUAUACAACAAGUGUAAAAGUUUUGUUAUGAAAUCUUUAAUCAAUUUGAUAAACAAGUAAGAAGCAUUGAGUAAAAAUGAAGGACUCCUGUGUUUACUUUUUAUGAUGUGGUAGGUAGAGAUAGUAUGUUUUGCCUGAUCGAUGAAGCAUGAAGACAUAAAAUGUAGCUAAAUGACCAUAGGGAGAUGAUAGUGUUUACAAGGUUUUGUGGAGGUUAGAAAUAUGAAAGGUGACAAAGAAAACUAAUUUGUUAGACUAGGACCAGGUAGUACAGUUAAUUAGGGCUUGUUUAAAACAUACUAGGUAGGACUAGUGAGAAGUUGAGAUCUGGUAGUACUCAUUUCAUAAUUCCCACAAUGUACCAUUUCAUAUAACAUAUGAUUACAGUUUAUCAAUUAGAAUGCUUGAAUUUUCAUCUGUCUUAUUGCACAUUUGGUGCAGUCAUAAGAAAUUCUCUUAAUGAUUAAUUUUACUUCUCUAUAUAUGUUUCUAGCCGGCAUAUAUUUCAGCCGCAUUCAGAACAAGAGUUUCCUCAUAUUGGUGCCAAUCUUUGUCUGUUGUACAAUUGUAUCUCAUUGUUUGUUAGAUAUUUCUCAGGACUGCACAUCACAACAUGUUAACACUGGGGAAAGCCAGCCUACACUUUGUAAUCUAUCUUAUGAAGCUUCGACAUCCCUGGCUUGUGACAUUAAUGCACAUUACUGUGAGAGGGGGUAUAUAAUGGUGAGCGUUAGGUGAUUGUACAUUUUGUUAGGUAAUAAAUGAAUGAUUUAUUCAGAUUGAAAUUUGUUUUAAUGUUCAGUUGUGUACUAUUUGUAUGAAAUUGUAACAUGACAUUUUAAGUUAUAUUCUGACAUUCUUUGCAUUGCCAACAUUAAAAAUGAAAGUACUUUUCAGUUACUGUGGAAUCAUAAUUAUUCGUGAGGGCUCAAUGUUCGUGAAUUUCAUGGAUACCUUUUACCCAUGAAUUUACGUCCUCAUGAACCAGUGAUUCUUUGCAAUAUCUGCUAUAGUAAUAUGAUUUAUAUUUUCAAAAUGACGUCAAGCCUUGAAAUUCCAUCCCCACGAAAUAGUGAAUAUUCAGCUACCCACGAACAUUGGCCCCCUCGAACUUUAAUGACUCCACAGUAUUCAUUUUGUUAGUGUAAAACUAAUGUCAGAGAUUUUUUUUUUUAACUUGUUUUUAGAAUAUUAUUUUAAAAUUGCUGGAAUUUAAACUGUAGACUGUAUCAGUUGAGAAUCAAGGCAUUUUUUAUUAGUUUCAUUAAUCAAAUCAAUGUAUUAUUAAUUCAGUUGUUUAUUUCUGUGAUAAUCUUAUUAUUCUGGGAGUGAUGAAUCCGUCCAUAUUUUUCUAUAUAUAACAAUAUAUUUAUUGUCAUGAGAUUUAUUUUAGGAGAUAGUUGAAAUAAUAAAGGCAGUGAAAUGUUC